AUGAAGCAGGCGUGCUGGCUCAAUCGCUUCCACCUUAGCUGUCUUCGAUGGAUACUGAAGCUGAGGUGGCAGGACCGAAUCCCUGACACUGACUUACUGGAGUGGACGAUAAUCCUCAGCAUCUGCGCCAUGCUGGGACAACUGCAAAUGCGUUGGCGCGGCCAUCUCGUGCGGUUAGACAACGAUCGGUUACCUAAACAACUCUUCUACGGAGAUGUAGUCAGGUGUCCCCGCCGACAAGGAGGCCAAGUCCACCGCUACAAGGACAGUCUGAAGACUUCCGUAAAGCAUCUGCAGGUCAACCCCGCCAACUGUGAAGACUUUGCCCGAGACCGUCCGAUCUCGAGGAGGACAAUGAAAACAGGCACAGCGAUCUAUGAUGCCAAUCGCAUAACCGCCUCCAAAGACAAACGAGAGACCCGCAAAUCCCAAUUGCGCCCGCCUCUAAACGCAAACGCCCAACUGCCCCCAACGUGUCCACCUUGUCAGCAGACAGUCCGGGCGCCAGUUGGACUUGUUGCACAUGUUCGGAUCAACUGCACCACUUGGGCCGCACCAAACGUCGGUUCUCCGUCCACCUUCCCCUCGCCUUCUAUGCCGUUAACGAACUCCGACCGCCCUUCCGAACCAUUACUUGCACCCUCCUCCUCCUCCUUCUCCUCCCCCUCCUCCUCGUUCCCCCUCCCCUCGUUCUCGUCCACCUUCCCCUUCUUCUCCAAUGCCUUAACUUCUGCCGUUUUGGCGUCUAUUCUACACUUUAACACUGCUCACAAUCCUGACACACCAUCAAACGCCAACUUCACCAUCGAUGACACCAGUGGUGCGAACCUUGAUUAUACCUGCCCUAAUUGCGGCCGCACCUUCACCUCAAACCUCGGCCUGGUCGGUCACCUGCAAAUCCAUCGCACAGAGAUUGGCGAACCAAUGCCUGGAUCACCAACCUACACCCGCUGCACCCGCUUCCAGUGUCCACACUGCCCUCGCACAUUCAUAAAUCGAAUAGGCCUAUUCGGCCACAUGCGUAUCCACGAGAGCUGA